UUGACGUUGACUCUUGCAUUGCUGUCUUUCGCUCUGCUGCUUAGCAACAAACAUUAGCGAGCUAGCUAGUUGCCUGGUUAGCUAUUCUCAUGCGCAACGUAGGUUACGUUAGUUAGCUCGAACGUUGGGUUGUAGAUGCACAGUUAUGCGUUUCCAUCCAGGAGUGACAGUCAUUUUAAUCAGUUUUUGAAGUUGCAAAGUUCGGGACAUUCGAUUCGUGUGUUCAUUUCCUAGAUAACACAAACGGUCGGGGAGAGCGGUUGUUUUUGGGAGAAUCUGAAGAAGGCUAACUCUAGCUAGGUAACCUUAGCACCAGAGUCACUAUACCAUUAGAGUCUCCUUUUGCCUCUGAGAACCGCGGAGGGAGGUUGUGGAUAUGUGAUUGUGGGUUAGCGGACUGGUUAGCUCAUCUCAUGCUGACAGCAGUCACUGGAUGCGUUGCAAAGAUAUUUUACAGGCAGAGUGGAAGUGAGAAAACAAACCAGACAUCACCACCAUGUUGGAGGAGGACAUGGAGGUGGCCAUCAAGGUGGUCGUUGUCGGCAACGGAGCUGUCGGCAAGUCCAGCAUGAUCCAGCGUUACUGCAAGGGCAUCUUCACCAAGGACUACAAGAAGACCAUUGGGGUGGACUUUCUGGAACGGCAAAUACUCGUGAAUGACGAAGAUGUCCGACUGAUGCUGUGGGACACUGCUGGGCAGGAGGAGUUUGAUGCCAUAACCAAGGCCUAUUAUCGAGGCGCCCAGGCAUGUGUACUCGUCUUCUCGACCACAGACAGGGAGUCAUUUCAGGCCAUUGACAGCUGGAGGGAGAAGGUGGAGGCAGAAGUUGGAGAUAUUCCCACAGUUUUAGUGCAGAACAAGAUUGACCUGCUGGAAGAGACUGUUAUUAAAAACGAGGAGGCCGAGGCUCUAGCCAAAAGGCUUAAGUUGAGAUUUUACCGCGCUUCAGUAAAAGAAGAUCUAAAUGUCAACGAGGUUUUCAAGUACUUAGCUGAAAAGUAUCUCCAACGACUCAAACAGCAAACAGCAGAGGAGACUGAGGUGGUCCAUUCGACAAGCAAUAAAAUAGGAGUUUUUAACACUACAAGUAGUAAUAUGAGCAACCAGAGCUCCAGCAAUGGCAGAGAAGUCAUCACUCUGAGACCUAACAAACAAAGGACCAAGAAGAGUAAAAAUCCCUUUGGAAGCUGCAUCCUUCUCUAGAUAGAACAUUUAAUUUUAGUGACUGAAUAGUGUUUUUAAGACUAAAUUGGUUAUUGUUGUAUUCUAUCGAGGUAGCCACAUUUAGAGACCAAAGCCCACAAAUACUGGGAAAUCCAACUCACAACUUCUCUAGUAAUAUGUUGUAUCAUAUAUCUUUUUUUUUUUUCUCCCCACUUUGGUUGAAUCCCCUUUUGAUACAGCCUUCUAUGUUGCACACACAUUAUCUGUUAACAUUUGUACACUCUUAGGUCCUCCUUGUGGUUGCCUUAAGUAACAGCAACAUCUGAGGGUACGGUGAAACUUAAAGCUGCGUAUGAGUUUCGUCACUAAUUUUUCAUCAUAUCUGUAAAACCCGAGUCAUAGCCUAAGUAUCAUGAAUCCGUAAGUCUUUCCGGGAUUACGCACCUGAAUCUCUUCCCUCAAGGUUAGGGAUGUUAAUCGAGUGUUCCGAGUAGCUCAAUUCCUCGAUUGCCUGCCUGCUUAACGAUUCUGCUUAUUGAUUCCACCUUCGCUGCGCAUGCGUGAUGACGUUACACGCACGCCGCAUCGUUUUGGUCAGAACAUAG